AUGAAGUAAUAGAAAGUAUAUAAAUCCAGAUAUAUUUGAGUUAAUAUAUUGGGUUCAAUAAGAAAUAUUAAGUCCAGAAUUGUUGCAAUAUUUUGAUGUUUCAAAAAUAUAGGAAGCUAUAAAAGGAUAAUUGAAAUCAAUAAAAGAAUUAAAGAAAGAUUUAUCUAAGCAUAAUAAGUAAAUAGACACUCAUUGAAUUAGAGAGAAUACAAUAUUUUUAUUAGUAAUAUUUGAGAACAAGAAUUUAGAAGUUAAUUUAAAUAUGGAUUCUAUUAUUAUAUAUAAUAUUGGAGAAUAUUAAAUAAGUUUAUUCUAGAGAACAUUAGUUGAGAAACAAGCGGAUUACUUAUUUACAAAUUGUUUAUAAUAUUAUUAGAAGAUUUAAAGAAACUUAGAUGUAAGAUUAGAUACAAAAUCAAUAGUAAUAAUGUUAAUAGGAUGAUAAAAUUAGUAAAUAAAAGUUAUAGAGAUACUGAAAAGCUAGAUAUCAAUUUAUAUGUUUUAAUUCAUCAAAAACUAUACAUGUUGGAUAAAUGUAAUUUGUUUAAUAAUAUAUACAAAAAAGCAUUGAAUGAAAUGACAUUAGUUUCAUAUGAUGAUAUAAAGUAGUAUUAAUUAAUUAUAAUUAGAUUUAUGGUGCCAAUAAAGAGUGUGAUAUAUUGA